CCUCGUCCGACCAACGUCCUCCCUGAACCUCGACCCGUAAGCUGCAGUCUUAUCUAUUCCUUUCUCGCCUUGCGGACGCCCCGCCCCGUACGAGUCGUCCAGGGGACGCUGCUAUAAACAAUGGCGUGGGAUCACCUCUCGAUUACCAAACCCCAUUUGGUGUAUAUCAUCUUAGGAGGGUUUACUUCGCUUUUUAUGCUCUGUUCUUCCGUUAUUAAGGAGCGUAUGUAUAUCGGCGAAGCGACUGUCGCUACUCUCUGCGGUGUUAUCUUCGGCCCUCACGCUGCGAAUCUGAUUGAUCCCGUGUCGUGGGGAAAUGUCGACGAGAUUACUCUUGAAUUUUCCCGAAUUGUCUUGGUCGUUCAGUGUUUCGCCGUCGGGGUAGAAUUGCCCAAAUACUACAUGGAGAGGCAUUGGAAAUCUGUGGUAUUCUUACUGCUUCCCGUCAUGACCUUUGGAUGGUUGAUUACAAGUUUGAUCGUCUGGUGGAUGUUCCCGAUACUAUCUUGGCUCGAGAGCUUAGUUGUUGCAGCUUGCGUCACCGCUACGGAUCCUGUUCUUGCUUCGUCAGUUGUUGGUAAGGGCAAGUUUGCAAAACGAGUACCGAAGCACUUGAGAGAUCUACUCUCUGCCGAGUCCGGUUGCAACGAUGGCAUGGCCUUCCCUUUCAUCUACCUUUCCCUGUACCUACUACAGGAGCACUUGGACGCCAAAGAGACGACGUAUCAUUGGCUUGUAUAUACCGUCCUUUACGAGUGUAUUUUCGGCGCUGUGUACGGGUUUCUCAUUGGGUAUAUUGCACGACAUGGCAUCAAAUACGCUGAAAGGCACGACUUGAUCGACCGUGAAAGUUUUCUCGUCUUCUACUUUACCUUGGCUCUAUUCUGCGCUGGGUCGGGUAGUAUUCUAGGUACAGACGACUUACUUGUCGGGUUCGCUGCCGGUGUUGGCUUCUCAAACGAUGGUUGGUUCAGCGAGAAGACAGAAGAAUCGCAUGUGUCAAACGUUAUCGAUCUACUAAUCAAUUUGGCUUACUUUGUCUAUCUCGGUACCAUUAUUCCCUGGGAGCAGUAUAACAACGUGGAUGUUGGCCUUUCUGCCUGGAGACUGGUGGUCAUGGCCAUCUUUGUGAUCCUUUUCCGCCGGAUUCCGGUUAUGAUGCUUCUCAAACCGUUCAUUCCCGAUGUUAAGACAUGGCGAGAAGCUCUGUUUGCCGGGCAUUUUGGUCCAAUAGGCGUAGGUGCUAUUUUUGUUGCCCUACUUGCUCGUGCCGAGCUGGAGAGCGAGCAUACAAUUCCUGAACCAGAACUGCCGGAGAAGGGUACCGAGUUCUACAAUGUUGUUCUCCUCGUGUGGCCUAUUGUUACAUUCAUGGUGAUUUCCUCCAUUAUCGUCCAUGGUUCUUCAGUGGCCGUGUUCACCUUAGGAAAGCGCAUUAAUACUUUAUCACUCACCAUGUCAUUUACCACUGCUACGGAAGAAGGUCCUGCUUGGAUGAGCCGCUUGCCACGGAUCACAUCUCAGUCGCGAUCGCAAGCCCGAACAAUGUCAGAUACCGACUAUGAGGAGGUGAAACUACCUGAAUUUCCACCUGGCACAUUGCCACCAACUGGAAUACCUGGACAGUUCUUACGUCGACAGCGCGAGGAGGAGAACCCUAGUAGAGCUGGAAGCCGCGCUUCUUCUCGGCGCCGUAGUAGGAGAAGGUGGGAUGAUGGUAUUGGACCUGGUGGGCCCGUAAGCCAGUCGGCCAUCUUCCCCCAGAAAAGGAGCGCAAGUGAGAUAGCAGAGCCUAUGUCACCAUCUGAUUCUGUACAGCCUGUCUCACCAAGGCAAGAAAGCCCCAGCUCGCCAUCGGAGGACCUACUCGAGAAAGAUAGCGAAAAGAACGUCGAGAAAAUAGUGCAUGUGACAAAGGAACGCGGGUCGGAACGUGAGAGGGGCCGUGAGCAACCAUCCAGAGGCGAACAACACGACGAACUAGAAGUGUUCGAUGAGGGCGACCAUAUUAUAAUUGAAGACCACGAUGGUCAAGUUCUUGCGGUUGAGGAAACAGGGCAUCAACCGGUUAAAGAUCUGCACGAAGUCAAAGAGAAAGCCAAAGCUGAGACUCAAAAGCCGGGAUGGACUUACGAGUCACUCAAGAAAAGCAUUGGAAAAUGGCGUGAUGAGGAGGCCCAGAAACGUAAAGACAAGGCAAAGAUUGAACGAAAGCAUAAGCCAGCCAGAGCAUACCAGUUUGGUAACACAAUUAUUGUGGAAGACGAAGACGGAGAAGUCGUGAGGAAGUACGAUCUUCCUACCGAGCGAAACGACGGCAGAGACUAUGUAGCUACCAGUUUGAAAUACAUGGGAAUGGGUGGUCUCCUUAAGCCAACUGAUAAAACAGCACCCAAGGUCGAAGCGUCGUCCGAAAAAGAGCCUACCCAGACUAGCAGUACCAAACCCGGGGCCAAGACGAAAACCGGAGGGUGGCCAGGCUUCAGCCGUGGAGGUGCUGCUGAACAGAGGAGGAAGGAUGCUACUGCUCCUGCUGAAAGGAGUGUAGAAGAUGAUCGAGGUAUCCGAUUCACAAUCGGUGGCGUUGGACAACGCAUGACUAAGGAUGAUUUCCUUAGAGAAGUGCGAAAGUUGGAUGCUAAAACCCGCCGCGAGGUGGUAGACCAAUCCAGUGCGGAUCCAGCAGUGAAAUCGAUGGCAAGGGAAGCACCCAGCGAAAGCGCAGUCCAACCCCAAGCCCAGACCCUAGUCCACCCUCAGAUUAGUGUGACUCAAGCAAGUGAUAGCACGCGGGAUGCGAGCAAGUCUCCUUCUCGCCCAGAGCCGCCUCGUGGACGUAGCCCAACGACAGACUCGGAGCAGCCCCCGACAUCGAACACACCAGAAACAGCUGUUGAGAGAAGGCGACGGUUAGCAGCCUUUGCUAGCGUCCGCGAGGAUAAUGAUCUAGGGGAGACUCCUGCAGAGAGGAGGAGAAGGGAGGCUGCGUUAGGUGUAGACAAUGGUGGGGCUGAAGACAGCGACAGUGAAGACGAUGAUACCCCUAGAGUACCCCCCACGAGACGAGGGAUAAGAUUCGCAGACUCCCCGCCCAACAAGGGCUGAGGCACACGCUUCAUGAGACAUUAUUUGGUUCUAUUUUAGGUCAUGACGGUAUGCUGAAUUGGUAUAGCGAAAAGCAAGCACUUAUAGUUUUUAUGAGAUGGAGUAAAUAUUUUUCCGUCUAAAGUAGGACAUCAGUGUCGAUAUAUUUAUGGUACGUUGGCGUUCGAUAACGAAUAUUUUCUAGGAAUUGGAUAGCUAUAAGUUGGUAAUGCUAUGCAUUUUAUAUUGAGAUCGAAGUGACAAUCUUUAUUUACCAUGUACUAUAUAUAAUGAGGUACAUAUGGCAGUUACAAUGAUAUUAGUAUUCGUUGACGAACUUCCAAUGAACUUCUUGUACGGUUCGAGUUAAUUGUUUAGUAUUUAGGCAGGUUAACAUAUUUUUAUUUACCUAGUUGAUUUUAUCUACUGUAAAAUAAUAGUGUUAAUACCUACAAAGGCUUUUCUAAAGAUUUACAUAAAC